GGAUAAGAGCAGGACUUCAUAACGAAACUGAAAGUAAACAGACCGGCAUAAAUACAGCCAUCCUGUCUGUUUGCUCCACAGAGCAUGCAGAGGAACACUGUGUUACAUCACUCGCUUUUUACAGUUAUAAGGAGACCAUCAGAAGAAGAAACAGGCCUGACGAAGGAAGGCUCAUAAAGCAAGAAUAGACUCUCAUAUUCAGGUUCAAGCAGACUAUCCGAGGAGAAAAUGGGAAAUAGUGCAGGUUACGGCAACAUCAUGAGAGUUGAAACUUCUGGUGCCUCAAAGAAAACAGCUAAGCAGGACGGCCUGAAUUAUUCAGGUAAACACUGCAGCAUCACACACCAUGGCAGAGACUGAUGCAGAAAGAAUGGAAGAGUACAGGUCAAUGAUCAACAGAGUGGGAGAAAAAUAUGAAAUCGCUCCAGCUCUCAUUGCUGCCAUCAUCUCCAGAGAGUCCCGGGCUGGAAAUACCAUUAAAUCACAAGGAGGCUGGGGAGACUACAACCCAGGCAGAAGAGCGUAUAACGCCUGGGGACUGAUGCAGGUUGAUGUCAAUCCAGACGGAGGUGGACACACUCCAGAGGGUGACUGGGACAGUGAGGAACACCUCUGUCAAGGCACCAGGAUCUUGGUUCAUUUUAUUAAACGUAUCCGCAACAAAUUUCCUAACUGGAGCAGGGAGAAGCAGUUGAAAGGAGGGAUAGCAGCCUACAAUAUGGGGGACAGAAACGUCCACUCCUAUGAAGACGUGGAUGAAAACACAACCGGUGAAGACUACUCCAAUGAUGUUAUUGCCAGAGCUAAGUGGUACAGAAACAACGAUGACUAUAAAGCUUGAAGCUCUGAAAAAUCUGCAAAUUAUGAAGGAAACCCUCUGCAAUGUGUGCUGUGCCAAAACUUAAACAAAAUAAACACAAUUCAAAGCAAAA